AUGCUUGAAGCUCUCACAGGAUCCUCUGCCCGAGUGGUCAAGCUCGUACCCGGUGCUGUAAGCCUUCUGUCGCGUCUCGAGCUCCCCACGAUCUCCUUCAACCCCCGGACUUGGCAGUGGGCCGGGACCAGAACUGACCGAAACGGAUCUCCGCAAAUCGUCCAUGGCACUCGUGCGAUGUUCCCAGACGGCGUUCUUCGUUUGCGAUAUCGUAGGUGCACAUCUUUCUUGGCUCUGAAUGGUAUGGGCUUGGGACUGACUCGGCUCCUUCUCUCGAACUCGCACAGCAAGAGCGCUUCCGACCUGUCAUGUAGGCGACCGGCCCCACACUGUCUCGGUCGAUCGCGGCAUCGGUCCUUUGAUCGGAGAUCUUGGACCAGCUGACCACCGUUGUGUUUCAAUCCCCCUCAAUCCUUCAGCCAUGCGUAUGACAGUGUGAUCAACACGGCAGCAAAAAUGACCAAGGCCGCCGCUCUACUCGAAGUGCCCGUGAUCGUCACGGAGCAAAACCCCAAGGCGCUCGGCGCGACCGUACCGCUCUCGCUCGAGAAGCUCCCCAAGUCGUUGUACCGAGGAGCGAUCUCCAAGACAAAGUUCUCGAUGAUGUUGCCCGAGGUCGAGGCCCAGUUGAAGGAGUGGAAGACCAAGUCGGUCGUCAUUUUCGGUAUCGAGGUUAGUUUGGUUCCUCGAAGCAGUUUCUGCACAGGCCCGGUGUGACCGGGAUAAGAACGAUUUGACUGACCUGAGUUGUUCGGACCGGGAUUCGUUGGGACGACAUACGGUCAGAGCCAUGUCUGUGUGCUACAGACAUGCUUGGAUCUCCUUGAGCGCAACUACAGCGUACACAUCUUGGCCGAUGGUGUGUCGUCGUGCAACCAGGGUGAAGUUGGCGUCGCUCUCGCCGUGAGUUCAGAUUUUCGUGCUCGGUCUCGGGGCUCGCUUUCGAUUGUCAUUACAUUGCGAGACAGUAUAAAACUAAAAAUUAUAGGUAUCGCGGUACUGAUGUCGAAUGGUCUUGUUGCAUGCUCACAGCGAAUGCAAGCCUCCGGAGCACAAAUUACCACCUCGGAGAGUGCCUUGUUCCAGCUCAUGGGUCAGUGCUUACAAGUAGGGAUCAUCCAGUCUGCUAAUUUUUACUUUUUUGAUCUUCGUGUGAUGCAGUCGAUUCAUCGCAUCCCGCGUUCCGACAAGUUUCGGCUUUGGUCAAGGAGACGAAAGCGACAACGACUUCUUCGUUGGAGACGCUCCUCCAGGGUAAGGGCAAAUUGUAG